CGUUCGAGUCCCUCCUCCACGCGCUGUCCCGUUUCGACUCGGUUGCCCGAGCAAGGACACGAGAAAACCUCAAUUCUAGGGUUGGGGUUAUCGCUAAUUUGGAUACGGUACAGGAGCAAGAUGGGCUUGGAUUCCUUACCGUCGGAAUCGAGCAACGACCUCGAUGAGCAGAUCGCACAGCUCAUGGAGUGCAAGCCACUCUCGGAGCAACAGGUCAGAGCGUUAUGCGAGAAGGCUAGGGAGAUAUUAAUGGAAGAAAGUAAUGUCCAGCCUGUGAAAAGCCCCGUAACAAUUUGUGGUGAUAUUCAUGGGCAGUUUCAUGAUCUUGCCGAACUAUUUCGAAUUGGAGGGAAGUGUCCAGACACCAAUUACCUCUUCAUGGGGGAUUAUGUAGAUCGAGGGUAUUAUUCUGUCGAAACCGUGACGCUCUUGGUGGCCCUGAAAGUGCGUCACCCUCAGCGGAUUACUAUUCUUAGAGGGAACCAUGAAAGUCGUCAGAUUACUCAGGUUUAUGGAUUUUAUGAUGAAUGCCUGCGGAAGUAUGGCAAUGCUAACGUGUGGAAGAUCUUCACAGACCUUUUUGAUUAUUUCCCGUUGACUGCUUUGGUUGAGUCAGAAAUUUUUUGUCUGCAUGGUGGACUGUCUCCUUCAAUUGAAACCCUAGAUAGCAUCAGGAACUUUGAUCGUGUUCAAGAGGUUCCUCAUGAAGGACCCAUGUGUGAUUUGUUAUGGUCUGACCCAGAUGACCGGUGUGGAUGGGGUAUUUCACCUCGUGGUGCUGGAUAUACUUUUGGCCAGGAUAUAUCUGAUCAAUUCAACAACACAAACAACUUAAAGUUGAUUGCUAGAGCUCAUCAAUUGGUUAUGGAUGGAUUUAACUGGGCCCAUGAACAAAAGGUGGUGACUAUAUUUAGUGCACCCAAUUAUUGUUAUCGCUGUGGGAACAUGGCUUCAAUCUUGGAAGUUGAUGAUUGCAAGAGCCACACGUUCAUCCAGUUUGAGCCAGCUCCUAGAAGAGGAGAACCAGAUGUUACCCGCCGAACGCCGGAUUAUUUCCUAUAAAAACAGCUGCCUUCGUUUCCAAAUAAUCACCAGUUAUUUCUUCUAGCAGAACAUGUAUUCUCGUUACUCUGCUUUCCUUCUCAUGGUUGUCAGGUAGGUGUGCACCUUUGUAUGGGAGAUCUAAAAUGUAUGAAUUUUUCCUCGCCAUGCACUUCUGGUGGUUGCAGGAGCUGAGGAAGAUAUGUAAUAGGCUGGUAAAAAAUGCUCACUGAUUUGUCACACAUUUCAAACAAUGCUGGCAGUGGUAGAGAUAGUGUAGCUGAGACAGUCGGGAUGUAUUAUUUCCAGUAGAAAUGUGGAGAUUGCCUUUUUUUUUCC